AUGGCCCAGAGUCAGGCCCUCUGGUCUUGCCAGACUCUUGGUCUGGUCGGGCUCCCUGAUUUCACGGGCGUCGGUCAUGCCCCGGAGGAUGUAUUAGAAGCUGGGCGGGGUACCCUCUUCCAAGUCAGGGUAGAACUCAUCAGCGUGGGCGAGCUUGUCCAUAGCGUUGUCUUAACCCCACUUUUCAUAGUAUUCAACGAUUGA